AUGACAUUAUCUGAUUUUAAGCCAGAAACCUGGACAACUUCAUCUAUUGAAGCCUUGAAGAUAUCAUUAGUUGGAGAAAAUGCUAUCCAAUUCCCACCUAAUUUUACUCAUGCUAUCUUUGGUGAAACAGAACAAAUAUUUGGUUAUAAAGAUUUAAUUAUUCAUUUAGUAUUUGAUUCUGUCACCUUUAAGCCUUUCUUCAACAUUAAAUAUUCCAAAAAAUUGGAUAAUGAUGAAAUUGAUGAUAUUAAAGCAAAAUUAUUAAAUUAUUUACCAAAGGAAGAUGUUGUCUUUAAAGAUGAAGAAAAAUGGAUAGAUCAAUUUGAACAUGAACAGAAAACUUUUGAAUUACCUGAUGAUAGUUUUAAGAUCAAUGAAUAUUCUGCAGAUGAUGGUGAUUUUAUAAUUUUCAAACAAAACGUCAAUGUCCCAUUCUGUGAAAAAUUACAUAGAAGAAUUCAAAUCUUAUCCUUAUUUUUUAUUGAUGGUGCAUCAUAUAUAGACGCAAAUGAUUCAAAUUGGGAAAUAUUUUGGUUAUUUGAUAAAAAUUCGAAAAAAUGUAUUGGAUUCUCUACAACAUAUAAAUAUUGGACAUAUAUUAACGCUGAAGAAUUUAAUAAAGAAAAUAAUUUAAAAUACAGAGCUAAAAUUUCUCAAUUUUUAAUCCUACCUCCAUAUCAGAAUAAAGGUCAUGGUACCAAGUUUUAUGAAUCCAUCGUAGAUUUCUGGAUGAAAGAAUCAUCCAUUAUUGAAAUAACUGUUGAAGAUCCAAAUGAAAGUUUUGAUGAUCUAAGAGAUCGUUGUGACUUAAAUCGGUUAUAUGAAAAGGGAUUUUUCCAAGAAGUCACUUCAGUGAAAGAAUUCGAUGAAAAAUGGUACUCGAAUAAUAAAUCAAAAUUUAAAUUAGAAACUAGACAAUUUAAACGAUUAGUGGAAAUGAUUCUGCUUUAUAAAGAAUCCUCACUCUUCCCGCAACAAGUGAAAAUAAGAUUAUAUCAGAAGAAUUGUGACGCCUUAAAAGCAAUGGAAGAAGAAGAUCAAAUAGAGGCUUUAGACAAACAAUUUAAUCUCUUGAAAGAGGAUUACACACGCAUUUUAAUGCAAUGUAAAUUUUUGAAAAGAAAAAUCAAAUUGGAAGAUUCCACUCCAUCUUUAAAGAAAAAGAGAGUUUGA